UGUUGCGAUUGCGCGCUGUUGCACGCUAAGGCGGGAAAAGUUUGACGUUUCCAGAAAAGUCGCCAUGUUUGUUUUGAAGGCUGCACUCCUGCUUGCGGCAUUAUCCUGCGCCGCGAGCCAGCAGGGCCCCACCACGACGCCCGUGCCCAUCCUCAAGCAGAUCAACCGACAAAACGACGAUGGAUCGUACAGCUUCGGCUACGAAGCGGCUGACGGCUCCUUCAAGAUUGAGACCAAGUACCCCAACGGAGACGUCGCCGGGAAGUACGGAUACGUUGACGAGUCAGGAAAGCAGAGGGAGAUUUCUUAUGGCGCGAGCAGUAAACGAGGAUUCGAACCGCAAGGAACCGGAAUCAUGGUGCCCCCGCCAACGUUGAACGACCCGUCGUCCCACAACGCCCUCACCGACGGCCAGGAGGACGACGGACAGUACCGAGAAGACCCGAAAAUUUACGAAGACCCGAAGUAUAAUGGCCGCUCCCAAUCCCGCCCAAGCGCUAUCAGGCAAUUCCUGAAGCCGUCCCAGCCCGAACCUCAAUACCAGCAGCAGACUUAUCAGCAGCCUCAGCAAUACCAGCAGCAACAGCAGUACCAACCUCAACAGCCAUCUUCUUUCCGCUCGGGUCCACUUUUCACCCAGCAGACCAGUCUUUUCAACCAGGCUCCCCAAGCAUUCCCUCAGGAAAGGCAGCAGAACCAAAUCUUCCACCAGCAGCCCCAGUUCUCUUACCAGGUCACUUCACAACCCCAGUACAACCAGUACCAACCACAGUACCAGCAGCAGUACCAGCAACCGCAAAACUACCAGAACUAUCAGCCACAGAACUACAACCCUUUCACAGGACACCCGGCGCAGAACUUCGACCCUAACACGGGAUCUUACACUAUUGACUUCACUGGUUAAUUUUCGUAGGAGAUAUCCUAAUAGUGCAUCCUAAUAGUCAAGUUUGGCAGGUUGUUAGGCUGGUUUGUUUACAUAGAUUUCGAGAACGGUUGUAAAUACACUACAUCUGAAAUGACGCGUCUGUACAAAUAGGUAAUUUAGAUAAUUAAUUACGUCAUAAUAUGUGAAGCACGACAGAGUAAACACAUGUUCCGGUAUUAAAAGCGUUUGUCACAAAAUAUUUCAGAGGAAGCUCGGAAGGGUUAAGUGAACUAUUGAAAAUAAUAUAUUUAUUUAUAAUCACUGCUGUUUUUCACUCAUGAGUAAUGUUCUUUCCUACCUAUUUUAAAAAUCAAAUUUAAAUGUAAAUUAUAUUAGACAUGUGAUCAUCUCACUCUCUAUUCAUGAAGAAAGGGUCAUCAAUUAAACUUGGUUGGUUUGUGAGUAAUCGAAAUUAUCAUUCUAGGUACAGGCACGUUCACACACUUACGAGAACAUAAAUAUUAGAGACUCUAGACUAGAGUACUGGUCAGAUGCCUCGUUCUCGUAUAUGUAUAAAUGUAAAUGAACGCUGUAUUUGUACACUACCUAUAGGUUAUAAGAUGUUACACCUACCCAAAGCGAAAUGAACGUAUUUUUUGUAUUUUUGUAUAUUUAGUGCUAGUCAAUUAUAAUGAGUUAGACGUAAUUUUAGUUUUAAUUUAAUUAUUAAUUGUAUCUAAUGUAAAGUAAUCAAUUAUAUUUUGUAUUACAAACGUAAAAUGUAGAGGGUAGCGUUGAAUAUAGAUGCAACCUAACUCAUCAGUUCCAACACUCAGCUUACACUCACACACUAAUUAAAUUAUUGCACGCUUCAAAUUAAGAACCUAAAUUGUGUCGCUUAACUUCAAAAUUGGGUAAAUCCAUUCUGCUAUAAAGUUGAUUAUCUUUCAGAUCAUAUUAUAUUUUUAUAUAAAUAUAUUCAACCUUAAAGCAGAAUGGAUUUACCCACAAGUUUGAAGUUAAGCGAUACAAUUUUAUUAUUCACUUUACUUUAUUAUUCAUUUUGUUAUUAUUCUAUUUACACCAAAAAGGAGUGAGCAAACAAGCAUUUUUACAUCUGUUUCUUAGCCAGCAAUUAACUACAUUUCAAAGAUAAUUGCUUUAUGUUGUAUAACUAACGGGAGAAUCUUUAUCCGUGUAUUUAAUUUAUUCUCAUGCAUGUAAACCAGGCUUGUCAUUAACUUUUAUUGUUAUUAGCACAUAUAUUAUAGCAUAUUGUAACAAGCUAACAUUCCCAUUGCAACGCUUUCUUAUGAAAUAACCAAUAAACAAUCAAUUAUUCUACGCUGCGUUUGCGCAUGACGCAAAAUGGCCGACGAGACGCGUGCCGAUUGUAAAUAUCGAUUAAAUAAAUGUUACGUGUA